AUGGCUGCUGGAGUUCCCUGUGCGCUGGUUACCAGCUGCUCCUCCACUUUCACCGGGGACCGUCUGGUCCAACAUAUCCUUGGAACGGAGGAUCUUGUAUCAGAAGUGGCUUCCAACGAUGCUGUGAGAUUUUAUCCCUGGACCAUUGAUAAUAAGUACUAUUCAGCGGAUAUCAACCUGUGUGUGGUGCCAAACAAAUUCCUUGUCACUGCCGAGAUUGCAGAGUCUGUCCAGGCAUUCGUGGUUUACUUUGACAGCACGCAAAAAUCUGGUCUUGAUAGUGUCUCCUCAUGGCUUCCAUUGGCAGAAGCGUGGUUACCUGAGGUGAUGAUUUUGGUCUGUGAUAGAGUAUCUGAAAACGGUGUAAACCGACAAAAAGCUCAAGAAUGGUGCAUCAAACAUGGCUUUGAAUUGGUAGAACUUAGUCCAGAAGAACUACCUGAGGAGGAUGAUGACUUCCCGGAAUCUACCGGAGUGAAGAGAAUUGUACAAGCCUUAAAUGCAAAUGUUUGGUCCAAUGUUGUAAUGAAGAAUGACAGGAACCAAGGCUUUAGCCUUCUCAGCUCAUUGGCUGGAGCAGCCCAUCCUGUGGGGUCAGCGGAGAUCUGUCGCUCAGAGCAGCCUCCUUUGCCAGCAGGAGAUAGGACUGAAUCCCUCUGUGAUCAUCGGAGUGCCGCAUCCACCAUGGCAGAAGCCCAAGGUGAUAAUAUUGCAGAUCCUAUGCUAGAUCUGGAUAUUCAAGAAUUAGCCAGUCUUACCACUGGAAGAGGAGAUAUGGAGAACUUUGAAAGACUAUUUUCAAAGUUAAAAGAAAUGAAAGACAAGGCUGCGACGCUUCCUCACGAGCAAAGAAAGUUGCAUGCAGAAAAGGUGGCCAAAGCAUUCUGGAUGGCAAUUGGGGGCGACAGAGAUGAAAUUGAAGGCCUUUCAUCUGAUGAAGAAAACUAAGUUAUUUGUACUGGGGUUUGACUAGCCAAGAUGCUAUAACUCCCUUUUUCUGAGUUAAGAUGAUACUUUGCUACUCAACCCAGUUAUAUUUUGCUGAGAUUCCCAUCAUGUUGGCCACUAGACUUG